AUGGAGGAGUGGCGACAGUGCGGCCGCUGGCUCAUUGACUGCAAAGUCCUGCCCCCCAACCACAGGGUAGUGUGGCCCUCGGCCGUGGUCUUCGACCUGGCCCAGGCGCUGAGAGAUGGGGUCCUCUUGUGUCAGCUGCUACACAACCUCUCACCUGGAUCUAUAGACCUCAAAGAUAUCAACUUCAGGCCACAGAUGUCCCAGUUUCUGUGUCUGAAGAACAUUCGGACCUUCUUGAAAGUCUGCCAUGAUAAGUUUGGGUUACGGAACAGUGAGCUGUUUGAUCCUUUUGACCUGUUUGAUGUCCGAGAUUUUGGGAAGGUCAUCUCUGCAGUGUCUAGACUUUCUCUGCACAGUAUUGCACAGAACAAAGGAAUUAGGCCCUUCCCUUCAGAAGAGACCACGGAGAAUGAUGAUGAUGUAUAUAGGAGCUUGGAGGAGUUGGCUGACGAACAUGAUCUGGGUGAAGAUAUCUACGACUGUGUCCCAUGUGAAGAUGAAGGUGAUGACAUCUAUGAGGAUAUUAUCAAAGUGGAAGUCCAACAGCCUAUGAUUAGAUAUAUGCAGAAAAUGGGAAUGACAGAAGAUGACAAAAGAAAUUGCUGCUUGCUAGAGAUUCAGGAAACAGAAGCCAAAUACUACAGGACUCUUGAAGACAUUGAAAAGAACUACAUGAAUCCUCUGAAGCUGGUGCUGAGCCCUCUGGACAUGACUGCCAUCUUUAUCAACCUGGAAGACUUAAUUAAAGUGCACAACAGCUUCCUAAGGGCCAUUGAUGUAUCGAUGAUGGCUGGUGGGAGCAGCCUGGCCAAAGUCUUUCUAGAAUUCAAAGAAAGGCUACUGAUCUAUGGGGAAUACUGCAGCCACAUGGAGUAUGCCCAGAACACCCUGAACCAUCUUAUUGCCAAUCGAGAAGAUUUUAGGCAAAAAGUGGAGGAAUGCACCUUGAAAGUCCAAGAUGGGAAGUUUAAAUUGCAAGAUCUGCUAGUGGUACCAAUGCAACGGGUUCUGAAAUAUCAUCUCCUCCUGAAGGAACUCCUCAGCCACUCUGCGGAUCGUCCAGAGAGACAACAACUCAAGGAGGCACUGGAGGCCAUGCAGGACCUAGCGAUGUACAUAAAUGAAGUCAAACGGGACAAAGAAACUUUAAAGAAAAUCAGUGAAUUCCAGAGUUCUAUAGAAAACUUGCAAGUUAAGCUGGAAGAAUUUGGGAGGCCAAAGAUUGAUGGGGAAUUAAAAGUCCGAUCCAUUGUAAACCAUACCAAACAAGAUAGGUAUUUAUUUUUGUUUGAUAAAGUGGUGAUCGUCUGUAAGAGGAAAGGCUACAAUUACGAACUGAAGGAGAUCAUCGAGCUGCUCUUUCACAAGAUGACAGAUGAUCCAAUGAACAAUAAGGACAUCAAGAAGUCACAUGGGAAAAUGUGGUCUUACGGGUUCUACUUAAUUCACCUGCAAGGAAAACAGGGCUUCCAGUUUUUCUGCAAGACUGAAGACAUGAAAAGAAAAUGGAUGGAGCAGUUUGAAAUGGCAAUGUCAAACAUUAAACCAGAAAAGGCCAAUGCAAAUCAUCACAACUUCCAGAUGUACACAUUCGACAAGACAACCAACUGCAAAGCAUGCAAGAUGUUCUUAAGGGGGACUUUCUAUCAAGGCUAUCUUUGCACUAAAUGUGGGGUUGGGGCACAUAAGGAAUGCUUAGAAGUGAUUCCACCCUGCAAAAUAAGACCCAUUGGAUACAUAUGUCUACCUAAAUAUAUCUGCAACUGUUCUCCUGUAGACCCGGACGCACUAAGUACGGGAGCUGGUCCUAAGAUGGUGGCAGUGCAGAAUUAUCAUGGUAUUCCAGCUCCUCCUGGGAAACCAGUGUUGACAUUCCAAACAGGCGAUGUGAUUGAACUACUGAGAGGUGACCCUGAGUCUCAGUGGUGGGAAGGAAGGUUAAUACAGACCAAGAAGUCAGGUUAUUUUCCUAGUUCAUCUGUGAAGCCCUGCCCUGUGGAUGGACGGCCUCCAAGCAGUAGGCCCCUAUCCAGAGAAAUAGACUAUACCACAUACCCUUGGUUUGCAGGCAAUAUGGAGCGACAACAGACUGACAAUUUGUUGAAAUCCCAUGCGAGUGGAACAUACUUAAUCCGAGAAAGACCUGCGGAGGCGGAGCGAUUUGCGAUAAGUAUAAAGUUCAAUGAUGAAGUGAAGCACAUCAAGGUGGUGGAGAAAGACAACUGGAUUCAUAUCACGGAAGCAAAGAAGUUUGAAAGCCUAUUGGAACUGGUAGAAUACUAUCAAUGCCACUCACUCAAGGAGAGUUUUAAACAACUGGACACCACCCUAAAGUACCCUUACAAAUCUCGAGAACGAUCAGCCUCCAGAGCCUCCACCCGGUCACCAGCUUCCUGUGCUUCCUACAACUUUUCUUUUCUCAGUCCUCAGGGCCUCGGCUUUGCCUCUCAGAGUUCCUCCACACCCUUCUGGUCAGUGUUCACUCCCCGUGUCAUUGGCACGGCCGUGGCCAGGUACAACUUUGCAGCCAGAGACAUGCGGGAGCUCUCGCUGCGAGAGGGGGACGUGGUGAAGAUCUACAGCAGGAUUGGUGGUGACCAAGGCUGGUGGAAGGGAGAGACCAAUGGAAGGAUUGGCUGGUUUCCAUCAACUUACGUGGAGGAGGAGGGUGUGCAGUGAUGACCCGGAUCUCAGGCAGAGCCCAUGGAUUCUCUCAGAAGAGUCUCUCUAGAGCGGGUGCAAACCUCUAGUUAAUUCAGAGGGAAAUGUCCUCCAAGCUUCCAGUAAUAAACAGCCUGAAAGGGUGGGGAAGGGUUGGGGGGAGGGGGACAAGAUACUAAAUGCAAACCAGUCGUCUGCCAUCAGUGACCCAUCCCAGGGUACAGGACUUGUAUAUAAAACUUAACAGUGUAUCUCCGAUUACAUCGCUACAGCAUUACCCACCAUCCCAGAGAAGGGAAAACACAGAACCUUUCUGAGCCCAGAUUGUUGGAAGUUGAUUAUUGGCCAUUGCCGGGCUUGCUGCUCCAGAGGGGCACCUGGGACCAAGGAAGAAGACCCACUGCUCUCCUGGCGAUGGUGUUUGCAGGGUCAGAGGGCAGUGGAGGAAAGUCCCCAAAAUGAGGCAUGGCAGAAGGUUCCCAUGGGCUCCUCGCCUUACCUUGGCCCUGGCGUCUUCACUUGCUGCUCGCUCUGAUACCUGGGGCUUCAGGAUGAAGGAGCCCGGGCUUGCAUCUUUGGGUCCCACCGCCUCCAUCCAGAUCACCAACAAAGUCCUGGGUUGCAGCUGCUGAGGGACGGGGUCAACCUGGGGCUACUGUGCACAGAAGGAAGAUGACCAGUCCAAAGUCUUGUCUGUGUAAUAUUGACUUGUCAUUGGAUCAUAGAUUUAAAACAAGAGGAACCUUUGAGGCCAUUCCUGCCUGUUUUCAAAAUGGUCUGCUUUAGGUUUCCUUUGGGCUAGGGAGGGUAGGGAAGGAAAUGGAAAACCCAACUUCCCAGGAAGCACCUUUUCCCUUGGGGAAGUUGGGGAAAUGAAGGCAGCUUCAAGAUCCUGAAACUCAUGUCAAUGGUACCGCUUAGAUUUGCAUCAAAUAGUGUCUCUUCCUCCCAUCCCCCAAAAAACAAACAAACACAUUUUUUGUUGUUCUUUCUGCUGAAGUACCUAGAAUGUAUUCAUAUGUAAUUUCCUACAAACUGGCAGGACAGAAACUGAGACCCUGAAUGGGAUCAGGGAGAAGAGAAUGGUUUUCUUAUGUUAGGGACUUUGCUUCUUGUGUACAUCUUGGACAGGGGGUCCUACAACUCCCAUGGGGUCCCCCAUGUGGUCUCCUGGGGGGCCUCCUCAAAAAAUAGCAAUCCUUGGCCAUUUUCAGCAUGGUUCAAAGUGAUUUCUGAGAGUGCACUUCAUUUUCCCUACCCCAACACUUGGCUGUCCCCUCUCAUAUCAACAAAGUUCUUCUGGGACUUCUGGGACCAGGGUCUGCUCAUGUCAUAUAAGUGCUCUUGUGAGUGGUUGCUCCCUAUUCCACCACUUGAUGCUUCUCAUCUCCUCCCACCCCCUAGCCUCUGCUCCUCCAGUCCUGGUCAAUCAUUUGCCCUAAAGAACACUCGAGUCAUAGAGUCAGAGCUGGGAAGGCACCUUAGGGAUCAGUUUAGUCCAGUUCCAUCAUUUUACUGAUGAGGCCCAGAGGAGUCAAAUAACUUAUCAAAGGUCACAAAGGUAAUAAGGAGCAGAACUGAGAUUAGAACCCAGGUCCUUCAACUCUCAAUCAUGUUCUUUCCAUGGUACCACACUGCACUGCUUAGGGACAGGGGCAGAUCUGUCUGAGAGUCAAGCAACUUGGUCUUGCCCCUAUCUCUUUUUCUGGAUCCUGUCCAAGAUUGGAAAGGGUUACCUUGCUUGAUUUUUUUUUUUUUGGUGCCAAAGCUGCAGGCAAAAGAUCAUCCCACAAGUGCCCCCACGGUCUGACUGAAGUCUUACAUUCAUCCACUUGGUGGCUAGGAGACGGGAGGCUGAAGGGAGGAAGGAGGUGAUGGAGAGAAGAGAUUUUUUUUUUUGGUGAGGCAAUUGAGGUUAAGUGACUUGCCCAGGGUCACACAGCUAGUAAGUGUUAAGUGUCUGAGGCCAGAUUUGAACUCAGGUCCUCCUCAAUCCAGAGCCAGUGCUCUAUCCACUGUGCCACCUAGCUGCCCCAAGAGAAGAGAUUUAAGAGCUCAUUCAUCUUUCUCCUGAGAGGGAGGAAGCCAGAGAGAUGAGUGGGGUUUGAAAGGGGGGGGGGUCUGUUUGGUUGUUUUAGUCCCUGCUGCUGGGUGGUGCUAACUGACCAGCAACUGGUCUGGUCGGUUCAUUUCUCCAUUAACUGUGACCAUUUCUGGACCAAUCACACAUUCCUUAUAUCCAGGAGGUGGGGGGAGGAGGGAUAGUAUCAGGAAGAUGAUGGGAAAGCAUCCUCCAAAGACUUGUGAAGUUGUGAGAUCAUUAGAAAAAGAACAUUUAAAAAAUGGGUGUAUCAAGCAGGCUUCCAGCCCUCAAAAUGAGCAUCCCAGAGUCGGCGACUGCUUCCUUUCCCCAUCCCCUGAGCCAUUUGGGUGCACUUUGACAACUCUGAGUCAGGAAUUUGGCUGAGUGGAAUCAGUCAUUCCUGG